AUGAAUAAAAUUUAUAAAUAGUAUAAUUUAGAGAGUUUGCGUCUCUAAUAAUCUUAAUUGGAUUAAAUAAAAUUAGAAAGUAAGCUUUAAUAUAUCUUUUAAGGAACGGAUUUAAAGAGAGGAACUGGGAAAAAUGCAAUAAGAAAACUUUUUGGUAUAGAUGAGUCAACGAACCAUGAAUAUGACCUCUACGAGAAAUAACAAUUAGAUGCAUUCAAGAAGUAUUUAGAGGAAGAUAAUGAAUUAUUAUCUGAUGAAAUUUCUUUAAGAUUUUUAUAUGCUAAUCAAUUUGUUUUUCAAUAGACGGUUGAGGUAAAUAUAACAUAUAAAAAUAAGCAUAUGUAAAAUCAUUAUUCAUGGAUAAAAAACUCUGAUAACUUUAAGUGGACAUUAAACACAGAAGAGAUAAUAGUAACGAAUAGAUCACUAUUAUUAUUAAGAAAUAAGGUGCAAUAUAUAUAAGUGGCAGAGGAUAAGGAUUUAAACCAAUCAUCGUAGUAAAUGCUGAUAAAUUGGAUAUCUCUACCUAUCCCAUUGAAGAUAUGUAAAGGGCCAUUUCAAUUAUUUUUAUGGUUGUGAAGGAUUAUAUGUUAGUUUCUGGAAAGGUUGAAAGUUGGUUUGUAAUAGUAGAAGCCAAAAAUACAACAGCAAAUAAAAUUCCAUUUAAUGUAAAUAAAUUAUCUUAAAAGGUAGUAAUUGAAUUAGAUUUUUGAAUCAUUGAAAAUAAAUUUCCCUUGCUAUUUAGAAAGAGUGUUUAUUUUGCAACCAUAAACAUCGAUAUAAAUUACAUGGUAAAUUGUUGAAUAGUUUAUUCCCUAUAAUUCUCGUCAUAAAGUGGAAUUUAUUGAUAAUGACUAUUCUCUAUUAUUUAAUUAUAUAAGACCUAAAUAAUUAGAAUAAAGACAUGGGGGCAGGGCUCCAAAUGUAUAUGAUUAUUGGCCACCACAUAUUGAUGAUUUUAGCGAAAUGGAUUUUUUGUAGAAACAGAAAUUAGAAUCUUAAAAGAUAAAAGAAUAAAUCAGUGUUCUUUAGAAAGUUAUGCCCUUUACUUCAACUAUAAAUUCAGAAGUUUCAAAUUUAUUAAGAAAGCAGUACAAACCUAAAACAAAGAUUUAUUAAGAAGAAACAUUUUUAGAAACAUCUAAUUAUUUUUUAAAUAAAUCAGUUGCUAAGACUUUAUUUUUAAAUGGACCUAAAAAAGAGUAGGUGUUAUCUUAUGAAAGUGAACAAUAAUUGCCAUCUCAAUAACGGCAAAAACCUUAAGAAUUGAACGCAUCCUAUGAAAAAGAUUAAGGGAACAUAAAUAAUAAAGAUUAGCAAGGUAUGGCAUUUCCUCCUCAAUAAUAAUAACAAUUAAUAGUUCCACUCCAAUCUAGAUUUGUAGGUUCUAAAACUAAAUUAAAUGAAACACAGGGUUCUAUAUUAAAUGCAGCAAGCCAGAAUCCUUUAUUUUAAUCUAGAUUUGUUGGUUUGAAAACAUAGCAUUUGGUUGCAAAUAAAGAUGUUAGUAUAGUAAUUAACAAAGAAGAGCAGGGAUCAAAUUAUUUGCAAUUGAUAUGA